UCUAUAUCAUCCAUGUCCUAUUCUCUUUUCCUUUUAAUCUUCUUUAACAAUAUAUACUCAUUUUUUCCCCGACUCUCUCUUUGAUCGAUCGGCUUGCAGUUUUUUUUGUCAAUUUUUUAUCUUGUCCAGGAGAAAGGGAACAUGGGGCAGUUGUUUUCUACAAGAAUGGCAGGAAUUUGGGACAGAAUUGACCAAAAGAUGAAGUGUUACAGAGACUUUGAAGAAAACUUGAGUGUCCUACAAAGAUUAGCAAGAGAACUAAGCUUCCGAUUAGAAGAACUCGAAGAUACUUCGAGUUCUGAACGAAGUGAGCAAUGGGAGGAGAAAGUAGAGGACUUGAUCGACGACGUCGAAGACUUAGAAAGAUCAAUCCAAAAAUGGAAGCUUUUCACAGUGGCUGUUUAUCUUUAUGGAAGGACUGUAGUAGAGAAGAUUGGUGAGGCAAAAGAGCUACUUGAAGAAGGAAACUACUUUUUUCCCAACUGUUUCAAAUAUUUGAUUCUUGGAGGUGGAGUGGCUGCUGGAUAUGCAGCAAGGGAGUUUGUUAGACGAGGCGUCAAACCAGGGGAGCUCGGUAUAAUUUCGGAGGAAUCGGUGGCGCCGUACGAACGUCCAGCACUCAGCAAGGGAUAUCUCUUUCCAAGGAACCCCUCGAGGUUACCGCAGUUUCAUGUGUGUGUUGGGAGUGGAGGGGAAAGAUUGGACCUCAAUUGGUAUGAAGAGAAAGGGAUACAAUUGAUCCUCAACACAAAGAUUGUAAAAACAGCCCUUAAAUCCAAAACACUCACAAGUGAAGAUGGUACAAUUUUCAAGUUUGGGACUUUGAUUAUUGCAACAGGUUCAGGGGUUGUCAAACUGAGUGAUUUUGGUGUAAAAGGAGAUCAAGCCAAAAAUGUUUUGUAUUUGAGAGAUGUUAAGGAUGCUGAUAAAGUUGUUGAAUCAAUGAAAGCAAAAAAGAACGGAAAAGCAGUGGUUGUUGGAGGCGGAUACAUUGGACUUGAAGUUGGAGCUGUCUUGAGACAAAACAAUUUGAAUGUCACAAUGGUGUAUCCUGAUCCAUGGUGCAUGCGCCGGCUCUUUACCAAAGAGAUCGCGGAAUUCUACGAGCGCUACUACACUUCAAAAGGGAUUAAACUUGUCAAGGAAACAUCUGUGAUCGAGCUCGAAGCCGAUCCAAACGGGGAGGUAAAAAAGGUGAAGCUCAAAAAUGGGAGAGAGUUAGAAGCUGACAUUGUUGUAGUUGGGGUUGGUGCAAGACCUGUGACAGGUCUAUUCCAAGGCCAGCUUGAGAUGAACAAAGGAGGGAUAAAAACCGACGGGUUGUUUAAAACGAGCGUCAAUGAUGUGUAUGCGAUUGGGGAUGUCGCUUGGUUUCCAAUGAAGAUUUACAAUGAAAGGAGAAGAGUUGAACAUGUUGAUCAUGCAAGAAAAUCAGCAAUGAAAGCUGUGGAGGCCAUCAUGGAACAGGAAAAGGUUGUUGAAGUAUAUGACUACCUACCGUACUUCUACUCGCGCGUUUUCGAUCUAUCAUGGCAGUUUUACGGAGACAAUGUAGGAGAAACAACUGUUUUGUUCGGAAACAGGAAUCUGGUAGUGAAAAAGCCAAAGUUUGGGUGUUAUUGGAUCAAAGAUGGGAAAAUAAUGGGAGCUUUCUUAGAAGGAGGGGAUGCUGAAGAAAACAAAGCCAUACAAAAUUUAGCAUGGAACCAACCAAAGGUUGGUGACUUAAGAGAAUUGCAAGACAAAGGUCUUUCUUUUGCUUUUAGUUAUAAGGAUUUCCAAAAAACAAAUGCUGUCUAACUACAGCAUCUCAAAAAAGAUUCAAUAACUGCAAGAAAUGCAGUAGCAUUUGCUUCUUUCUUCUCUUCUUUUCUUGUAAAUAUAUGGGUAUGUUGAUGAUUUCAAAGGUUUGCUUUUGUUUUUUGAAAUAAUAAUAAUAAUGAGGCUAAAUAUAUCUUUUAGUCUCUGAUGUUUAUGAUC